AUGGAUCGGGGUUUCAUUUAUGCAAUUGCCCACAUUCGUGGGGGUGGUGAAAUGGGGAGGCAGUGGUAUGAAGAUGGGAAACUGUUUAAGAAGAAAAAUACUUUCACAGACUUUAUUGCUUGUGCUGAGUAUUUGAUAGAGAAGAAGUACUGCUCAAAGGAAAAACUGUGCAUCAAUGGAAGAAGUGCAGGGGGUUUGCUUAUUGGAGCUGUUCUUAACAUGCGGCCUGAUUUGUUUAAGGCUGCUGUAGCUGGAGUACCUUUUGUUGAUGCUUUGACUACAAUGCUUGAUCCAACCAUUCCUCUUACAACUUCAGAGUGGGAGGUCAUCUCUUUCACUUUCUGGAAAUUACGACUCCUAAACCUUAUUUCAUGUCAAACAAAUAGAACUUAG